AUGUACAGCCUGGACGCGCAGUGCGCGCCGCCACUGGGCCUUGCUGCAGACCUACCCGGCCCGUCCACCGCAGUGGCACCGCUGCGCCCAUGGCCUCGCCGUGCGCGCCUCGCGUCGGGCGGCGAGCGAGGUGCGUUGUUUCGCAACGUGCUCCCGGGCGUGCUCGUGUUCCAGGCGCUGCACGCGACCGCGGCCAACAUCGAGGGCAACGCGGUCACCUCGUACUUCACGGAGGAGGCCACCGGCAGGACCGUGCAGGACGAGGUGCUCGGCGAGCUGGAGGCGUUCGAGCGCGACUUCCCCUCCGUGCCGGCGCUGGCGAACCACGCCACGGAAUUCAACGUGGAUGGCCAGUACGCGCCCAUGAGCAGGCUCAAGAUCAUCCUGCUGCUCAUCAAGCUGCUCGACUGAGCCCGGUAUCCCAAGUGGGACAGAGCUUCGUCACCAGGCCCUACGCCGCCCGCGGACCGAGCCGUCUGAAUUGUAUAUAAUAUGUAAAUUAGAGGUUGCCAUAAAGGGAACCGCGCAUCA